GUCAAAAAUUUGAAAAGUUUCGCGCGCUUUUGAAACUAAGUUAUGAAACAACAAUCUAUCUAGAAAAUUCACUGGAAAAACUUUAAAAUAUUAAUUACAGCAGGAAAUAGUGAUCAGACAUACUUAAGAAUUAACUCAAACGAUGUCAGAAGGCGAGGAAUCGAUCGAUCAGAUGGAUACUAACGAUACGAAUGAAAAUUCGAAUGAAUCUUCGGCUCAAAGCAGCUCUAAUAAAGAAACAGAUGUGGAUACAAAUCGUAGUAAAAGAUUUGACUUCUUAUUGAAGCAAACUGAGAUAUUCUCACAUUUUAUGCCUGGUUCUGGGAAAUUAACGCCAGAAAAGAAGAAAACAGGACGAAAGAAGGAAGAUACUAAGAAGAAAGAGCCGACAACGCCAACAACUCCAACCACUCCAAUAGAUCCAGCAGAUCACAGACACCGAAAAACAGAACAAGAAGAAGAUGAAGAACUUUUAGCUGAGACGAAUAAAGCAAAAGCAAUUUUUCGAUUUGAAGCUUCACCGCAUUAUAUUAAAGGCGAGAUGCGUGAUUACCAAGUUCGUGGUCUCAACUGGAUGAUUUCACUGUAUGAAAACGGAAUCAAUGGAAUAUUGGCUGAUGAAAUGGGUUUGGGAAAAACACUUCAGACAAUUUCUUUGCUAGGAUAUUUGAAGCAUUUCAAGCAUUUUGGAGGUCCACAUAUUGUCAUUGUACCAAAAUCAACUUUACAGAAUUGGGUAAACGAAUUUAAUAGGUGGUGUCCAUCAUUGACAGCAGUUUGUUUAAUUGGUGACCAAGAAACUCGUAAUACAUUCAUUCGAGAAGUUAUGAUGCCGGGUGAAUGGGAUGUUUGUGUUACUUCCUAUGAAAUGUGUAUUCGUGAAAAGUCUGUUUUUAAGAAAUUCAAUUGGAAAUAUCUUGUAAUUGAUGAAGCACAUCGUAUUAAGAAUGAAAAAUCCAAAUUGUCAGAAAUCUUGCGUGAAUUUAAAACACAAAAUCGUCUCCUUCUUACUGGAACUCCACUUCAAAACAACUUGCACGAAUUGUGGGCUUUAUUGAAUUUCUUGCUACCUGACGUUUUCAACAAUGCUGAUGAUUUUGACUCUUGGUUCAAUACUAAUCAAUGUUUGGGAAAUAAUCAGAUGAUUGAACGUUUACAUGCCGUUUUGAAACCUUUCUUGCUUCGUCGUUUAAAGUCUGAGGUUGAAAAGAGAUUAUUGCCAAAAAAGGAAACAAAAGUUUACGUCGGUCUAUCAAAAAUGCAGCGUGAAUGGUACACAAAAAUUCUAUUAAAAGAUAUCGAUAUUGUUAAUGGCGCUGGAAAAGUCGAAAAAAUGAGAUUACAAAACAUUCUUAUGCAGCUUCGAAAAUGCACAAAUCAUCCAUAUUUGUUUGAUGGUGCAGAACCAGGUCCGCCAUACACUACAGAUCAACAUAUAGUUGAUAAUAGUGGCAAAAUGAUGUUACUUGAUAAAUUAUUACCUCGUUUACAAGAACAAGGCUCAAGAGUUUUAAUCUUUUCUCAAAUGACACGUAUUUUGGACAUUUUGGAAGAUUAUUGUUGCUGGCGCGCAUAUAAAUACUGUCGUUUGGAUGGACAGACACCUCAUGAAGAUCGUUCUAAUAUGAUUGCUGACUUUAAUUCUGAAAAUUCACAAAAAUUUGUUUUCAUGUUGUCCACAAGAGCUGGUGGUUUGGGUAUUAAUUUGGCAACAGCUGAUGUUGUUAUAUUAUAUGACAGCGAUUGGAAUCCUCAAAUGGAUUUACAAGCUAUGGAUCGUGCGCAUCGUAUUGGACAGAAAAAACAAGUACGAGUAUUCCGCUUUGUAACUGAAAAUACAGUCGAUGAAAAGAUUGUUGAACGUGCUGAUGUCAAAUUGCGACUUGAUAAAUUAGUUAUUCAACAGGGACGAUUAAUGGAUAACAAAUCAGCUCAACUAAAUAAGGAUGAAAUGUUAAAUAUCAUUCGUUUUGGCGCUAAUCAUGUGUUUCAAUCUAAAGAUUCAGAAAUUACAGACGAAGAUAUUGACAGUAUUUUAGAAAGAGGUGAAACUCGAACAACACAGGAUCAAAAGAAAUUAGAUGAUCUUGGAGAAAGUUCUUUAAGACAAUUUACACUCGAUACAGAACCGACAACAUCAUUGUAUGAAUUUGAAGGCGAAGAUUAUCGUGAAAAACAAAAAUUACAGACAUUAGGAAGUUGGAUUGAACCACCGAAGAGAGAAAGAAAGGCAAAUUAUGCUGUUGAUGCAUAUUUUAAGGAAGCACUUCGAGUUGCUGAACCAAAAGCACCUAAAGCUCCACGACCAGCUAAACAGCCAAUUGUACAAGAUUUCCAAUUUUUCCCACCCAGACUUUUUGAGCUUUUAGAUCAGGAAAUUUAUUGGCAUCGAAAAUCAAUCAAUUGGAAAGCACCCAAAAAUCCAGAUUUAGGAUCAGAAGCAAAUAAAGCACAGCGUGAAGAACAACGAAAAAUUGAUGAGGCUGAACCAUUGUCUGAUGACGAAAUUGGUGAAAAGGAAUCACUUUUGACACAAGGCUUUACAACUUGGAGCAAACGAGACUUUAAUCAAUUUAUUAAAGCAAAUGAAAAGUAUGGUCGCGAUGACAUUGAAAGUAUUGCAAAGGAAGUUGAAGGAAAGACACCAGAAGAAGUUAUGGAAUAUAGUUCUGUGUUUUGGGAAAGAUGUCACGAAUUACAAGACAUUGAACGAAUCAUGGCACAAAUCGAAAGAGGUGAAGCUAAAAUUCAAAGACGUGCAUCGAUCAAAAAGGCAUUAGAUGGUAAAAUGGCUCGAUAUCGUGCUCCAUUCCACCAAUUGCGUAUUUCUUAUGGAAACAACAAAGGGAAGAACUACAUCGAAGAAGAGGAUAGAUUCCUCAUUUGUAUGCUUCACAAGCUUGGUUUUGACAAGGAAAACGUUUAUGAGGAAUUACGAUCUGCAAUUCGUUCAUCGCCACAGUUUAGAUUCGAUUGGUUCCUAAAAUCAAGGACAGCAUUGGAACUGCAAAGACGAUGCAACACGUUAAUAACUUUAAUUGAGCGUGAAAAUCAGGAAAUUGAAGAGAAGGAGAAACUUGACAAGAAGAAAAAGACUAAUAAUGUAGGACAAGCUAAAGCGGGACAAAAAAGAAAGAAUGACGGUGCGGCGAGUCAAGCAACAGGAUCAACCAAAAAGAAGCGUCGAGUUUAAGAUUUUAUGAACAACAAAAAAAUUCCAGUAAUUCAACAUUCUCAGUUUUCUUUUGUAUAAGUGUCUAAUAAUGAGUGUUUCUCGUAUUUAACUUAGUGCUGCAACAAACUGAUCAACAGAUGUAAAUGUCUGAUGAUAAUUUUAACAUAAUUUAAUUUUUAUUUGCAAAUAGAUCUACUACAAUUUAUUUUUAAUGUCCCACUCAAAGCUUAUUCGCCUAGUAAAGUUACAAUUUUUUACGAUUUUGUUUGGUUGAUAAGCGAUUACAAACUAUUUUCUAAUAAUUAUUAAAUUUAAUUAAUUGAAUAAAUCGGAUAUAAUUUAAGCGAGACAAUCUAUGGCUUUAUUUAACAGCCUUUAUUUGCAGUUUAAAUCUUUAUAAUGGGUCUUGAUGAUGGAAGUUCAAAAUCAACAUUACCUGAUCUCUUCUUUAUAAACAAACCAAUGACUAAAGCUAUGAUUGCAACAAGUAAGAUUCCAACUCCUCCAACUAUCCACCAAGUAUAUUCGAAAUUGUCUUUCUGUUCCUUGUUGUUCUUUUGGGCAUCCUUAUUAUCUUGCCGAGUCUUAGCACUUUCUAGAUCUUGAAUGAAGUGAGAUAUAUCCUUGACACAAUAACUAUUGUUGUCAGCCUUGAUGAAAUGAAGAUUUUCAGGACAUUUAUUAUCGCAUUCAAAGUGUUUUGGUUCGAAAUAUUCUAUUGCUUCUUCAUUAUGAUCAUGUGGAUCAUGAACUAAUAAGAAUGGAUAUUUUCGCUUGUCUGGAUC